AUCCACUCAGCCCAGGGCGGUCGUCAGGAGAGUCACUGCCGGGAAAAGCCAACGGGAGCUAUCUCUCGAUCUCCAGACGUGCUCUUACAACAGCAAAUAUCCCUCCUCCCAUCCUAGUGUGCAUGGGGGGCCAGCGCUGACUGUCAGGGAAGAGCGCCCCCUACUGAGCAACCCACUUUCUGCAGCACAGGCCCCCUAGCGCUGGCCUGGGGCAUUGGGACUAGCAUUGACUGCGAGGGGAGAGAGCCCCUGCCUGCUCCUUGCAACCGCCUGCCUGUUCCUUGGCAGUCUCCCCUCCACGGCGGGCCAGGCAGCUGCUGUUUAGCGUGGGAUGUUUGGUUGUAUGACAACACAGGUUGCUAUGGUUGCUGAUAUCCUGGAAACACAGCCCGCAGUGGCGACGGGGAGGCUGAGGACCAGCCAGGCCAUGGCUCCCUCAGCCCUGCGGUGCAGCUGGCCGGGCAGGGGCAGUGCCUGGCAUGGGGUGCCAGGUGGACAGGGUCCCCAGGGCUGCCCAAUGUCUACGGGCAGGGUCCCAGAGACCUGGGCUGGGCCGUCCCUCUGCCUGCGGCACUGCGGGCUGCAGGCCAGCCUGGCUCGCACAGCACUGACUCAGUCUUUCUAUGACUCGCCCCCGGCUGGGACCAUGCGGCCAGGACUGGGGGGGAGAUUGGCACCAGCCAGGCCAUGGCCCCACACUGCCCCCAUGACAGGACGGGACCCCUCCCCCUGUCCCAUCACACCCCUUGGUCCAGACAACAUGGCACAGCACUCAGGGCGUACAAGUAUGUCAGUGUGUGUAUGUGUGUAAAUGACUGUGUGCGUGUGAAUGAUUGAGAGUAUGUGCGUGCGUCUGGGCAUGGGUACGAAUUGACAGUGUGUGUGUGUCAGUGUGUGUACACAUGUAUGUCAACGUGUUUGUGUGCAUCCCUUUGCAUGUAUAUUUGCACACACAUGGGCGUGCAUGUGGGGGAUGCUGGGUGUGUGUGUGUGGCCCUGGAUGUUGGUUUGCGUUGCACACACAGACAUGAGCCCAGCUCUUGCAGCUGUUUCUGUUGCUGCUCAUUAACCCGUUGCCUGCCAGUGGCCUGGCUGGAGGAUACUGCUCUCUGUACUGGGACACGUGGCUGGCAGGGCUCGCCCAGUCCAGCAUCCCUGGUGUCACGCUUGCCCACUCCUGUGCACAGGGUCCCCUGCCGGCCCUGGCUUCCCUGGCUCCGAGGUCAUCACUCUGAGCUGUGGGCGUUACAAGGCUCCCUCCUUAUAAACUGUGGCCAGGCUGAGUCAUCCCCUGGCCUGACCAGUCCUGCUCCAUGAAACAGCCGUUCCUGAUACUGUGCAGACCUGGCCCCAGGGCUUGCUCCCCACCAGCCACCAUGCGGCUGCCCCUGCUCCUCCUUGUUGGGUUCCUGGAAUUUCACUACACAGGCCCAUUCCUGGUGCGUCUGGCUGGGGGCCCCAGUGAGUGCGUGGGGCGCGUGGAGAUCAACUACAAGGGCCGCUGGGGCUCGGUGUGUGACGACGAGUGGGACCUGGCCGACGCAGCCGUGGUGUGCAGGCAGCUGGGCUGCGGCACCGUGCUCUCUGCCCCGGUGGGCGCCUGGUUUGGGGAGGGCACUGGCCCCAUCUGGCUCAAUGAGGUGCGGUGCCAGGGCUCAGAGCAACAUCUGCGCCACUGCCGCCACCGGGGCUGGCGCCAGCAUGUCUGCAGCCAUGAGGAGGACGCCAGUGCCGUGUGCUCAGUCCCCGCCUUGGGCCGGAGUGGAGCAGACACCCCUAGAAGGCCCUGUGUCCCCUACAGCGUGGUGUGGCUGGGGCUCUGGGUAUGUGCAGAUGUUAUGGCCUGUUCCAUUUCAGUGCCCAUUGUGGCUGGCACCGAUCCUUCCAGGGCCCAAGGGCCACACUCUCCAUGUGGCCAUGUCUCUGUGUCCCUGUCUGACCCUGCUGUGCCCACAGCUCACCGCUUCCUGCCCGUCAUCACCACCGAGCCCUCGGUGCAGCCGGCCCUUGGAGACCACAAAACCCCAGCACAGAGCACAGCCAGGCCGGCUUCCACCACGCCAGAGCACAGCGGUGCCCCCCUGCGGCUCGUGGGGGGCCCCCACAGCUGCGCAGGGCGUCUGGAGGUGCUUCACGGGAGCCAGUGGGGCUCGGUGUGUGAUGACGGCUGGGGGCUGCUGGAGGGCGCCGUGGUAUGCCGGGAGCUGGGCUGUGGCGCAGUUCAGGCUGCCCCCGGGGGGGCGCAUUUUGGGACUGGCACUGGCCCCAUCUGGCUGGAUGACGUGGGCUGCAGUGGGAAGGAGAUAUCGUUGAGGCAGUGCCGGGCACGGCCCUGGGGGCGCACCAACUGCCAGCACGACGAGGAUGCCAGUGUCAUCUGCACAGGUACCCCCCAGAGCUAUCCCCCACCAGGAACUACCUACCCGCCUAGGACCAACUACCCCACAGAGCUACCCCUCCCACAGAGCUACGCCCCACGCCAAACUACCUACUUCCCCAGUUACACCUCCCCCCCGAGCUACCUACGGGGUGCUGUGCUGCGGCUGGUGGGUGGCGCAGGUUCCUGCUCCGGGCGGCUGGAGGUUUUCCACCAGGGCCGCUGGGGCACAGUGUGCGAUGACAUGUGGGCGCUGCCAGGCGCGGCUGUGGUGUGCCGGGAGCUCGGCUGCGGGGACCCACUCUCUGCUCCCAGGGGGGCCUUUUUUGGUGAAGGCAGUGGUCCCAUCUGGCUGGACAACGUGCGGUGCCAGGGCAAUGAGUCGGCGCUGAGCCGGUGUCUGGCUGCACCAUGGGGCGUGCAUGACUGCCAGCAUGCGGAGGACGCUGGUGUGGUGUGUACAGACGAGUUGGCCCCUGUGAGGCAGCGCUUUGCCAAGCCCAUGGCCCCACAGCCACGAAUGCAGAAGCCACGGACGCAGAAGCCACGGACGCAGAAGCCCCGACCCCGGCUCCCUUCGGUGGCACGGGAGGAGACACAGGCACCAGCCCAGGUAUCCCCACAGGCAGUGCUACCAGGGAAGUGGAAGCCGUUGUCGAUGCUGGAGGGCACCAGCCCCCGGGAGGCCGCCCAGCCAGAGGGGACCACGCGGAGCCCCCCUCCCUCAGGAGAGCCAGAGCUGCCCACUGCUGGACCCGUAGCCCAGGCUGUGACAGAUGCUGCCAUGCGGGUGAGCGGCCCCAGGGAUGGGCCUCGUCCUGAACGGCACGGAGCCCCGGGGAUGCAGCGCCCUGUCCAGAAGAACCGGCGGCCCCGCCCCAAACCAUUGGGGACACGCACAGACGCCGUCCGGCACCGAGCUCCUGCUGCCACCCCCACCCUCAGGGCCCGCGCUGGGGCCCGGACUGACCCCCACGUGCCUCGUCCCCCACUCUGGCCUGGGGACAGCACCCUGACGACUGUGGCCUCUGCAACCCACCCUCCCAGCCAGCCCCACAGCGCCUGGACCAGCCCAGCCACCCCUACCCCCACCCCC